AUGGAAAAGCUGUUUCGGGCAAGUGGGCAUGCCUUCAUCUUACGUGCUGUCGUCGUUGUGGACUUGAGUCCUGCGUGCUCUGCCACAGACAGUGUAGCCAAAGUGCUGGAUGAUGAAGGCGCGGCCGAGAAACUUGGCAAGGGAUUAACAACGAAAGCAGCACGUGCAAUCGAAAGGCUUUGUUUGAAAGGGGCCACGCUUGUGGCGAGUGAAGGCACGUCACAGCUUGCCUUGAAGUUGCUCAGCAGUUCGCGCAUCCUUCCUGGAAGCAUCAAGAAGCUGGUGUUGGUCCAUCCUCGAUUGCCAGCUUCAUGCAUAAACUUUACGCUGACGCCCAAAACGAAGUAUGCCGAGCACCUCGAUGUCAUUUUCGAUUCCGAAAGUGCUCAGCAGCGGAGACUUGAUGUUCUGAACGGUGCUUUUAAGACUGUCACGCCUCACAUCUGUACCGAGCCUUCUUCCGCAAUGUCUUUCUCUUUGCGGGCAUCGCUAAGCAAAGGCCCUGGCCCCGGUGAGUCGGACGAAACGGAUGACCUUGGCGAAUCCUUAUGGGUCUGCCACUUAACGAUUGAGCUAGACCCGAGGUCCAAACAGCCAAGGGCUGAAUUAGAAGACAUAACGCUGGAAUUCCAAGCUCCGGAACCAGAGGGUCAUGGUGAGGCAGUCCACUCAGAUGAUGCAACAGACGGUGCGGAGGUCGCGGCGUUGGUCUUGCGUGGCUCUCGCUGCUUGCUGGUCCGCAGUUUGGAAGGAAACUGGCAAGGCAUGCGAAUCCCAACCAUCGAGGCAGAGCCGAACGAAGACACAGUCCAGACGGCACGCAGGUGCAUAGAGGAACUGUGUGAUGUCGAAGGCUCGGAAGUGGAGCAGAUCCUUGCGCUUCCUCCUCUUCCACUAUACAAAAGUUAUCGGUGCGUGAAGAUGAUUUGCUUCAGAGCUGUCCAUCCCCCCUCUGGCUCACCAGAGGAUGCGGAUGUCUCUGAUCACGAAGACCCCUAUGACUGGUACACUUGGCCAAGAGCUUUGCGAGCUCUGCAGGGCCGGCCUCAUGAAGUGCGUGCACUGCAUGCUGUUGCCAUCGUGUUGAGCAAUGCCUUGGAGGCCGGCAUUAUUCACAAGGAGUAUGAUGGGGUCUUCGGGCAGGAGUGGGCUGCGAACAUUGACUUCCCCACACCAAAUGGAAAGAAUGACAAUACAAUCCCUUCGACGAUGGCGGUACAGGAGAAGCCGACGCCACCAACUUUGCCAUCUAGAAAGCUUCCGGUCACCGUGCUUUCGGGCUUCCUUGGUGCAGGAAAGUCCACGCUGUUGCACCAUCUGUUGGGAAAUCGGGAAGGCAUGAAGAUCGCAGUUAUUGUCAAUGAUAUGGCAUCUGUAAAUGUUGAUGCGAUGCAGCUUCAGGGUGCCAAACUUCUUCACCAAGAUGAGAAGAUGAUUGAGCUCUCCAAUGGUUGUAUCUGUUGUACACUUCGUGAGGAUCUCCUGACAGGUUUGCGAAGUUUGUCUACAGAGGAUUUUGAUUACGCGCUCGUCGAGUCCUCAGGCAUUUCUGAGCCGCUGCCUGUGGCAGAGACAUUUACUUUUGAAGGUGAUGAUGGAGUCAGCCUAGGGCAGUUUGCUCAAUUGCAGAACCUGGUGACCGUUGUGGAUUCCUCUACGUUUCUGAGAGAGAUGUCCUCCACGGAGGCCCUGCGUGACCGCAAUUGGCAGGAAGGUGACGAUGACGAGAGAGGCAUUGCUGCCCUGCUCUUUGACCAAGUUGAAUUUGCUGAUGUUGUGGUGCUCAACAAGGUCGACCUCGUGUCGCCACCUGACCUGGCGAUGAUCCACAUGCUGAUCGGCAAGAUCAACCAAAAGGCGGAAGUCAUCGAGACAUCUUUCAGUAAGCUCGCUCCGUCCAGCAUCUUCCAGAUGGCCAGGUUCAACAUGCAAAAUGCAGAAACGAAUCCAAAAUGGCUCACAGAAGCUAGGCAUGCUGAGCAUGUCCCGGAAUCUGUAGAGUAUGGAAUAAAUUCUUUCAUAUUUCGCUCCAGAAGACCAUUCCACCCUGGGCGGCUACACUCUUUGAUGGAAGCUGCCUGUGCACGAAACGGUGCCCUUCAGGACCUGGUUCGUUUGAAGGGGAUUGCUUGGCUGGCUUGUUACAAUGAUGUGCAGAUGGCCGCUGUGCUGGCGGGCUGUACCUUCACAAUGAAUCUGGGUGCCCCAUGGUGGGCUGUUGUUCCUCGCGAAGAAUGGCCGCAAGGGCUAGAGGAGGACAUCAAGCCCUUGUGGGACGAUCGGUUUGGCGAUCGCCAGCAGGAGCUAGUCUGCAUCGGCAUCCGCAUGGAUGAAAAAGCUGUCACGGCCGCGUUGCAGGAAUGCCUGCUCACAGAUUCAGAAAUUUCCCUGGGCCCAGAUGCUUGGUCCUCGUGGAGUGAUCCUUGGAAUUGUCUUGCCCGGGAAGAAGGUCAUGACCACAGCCACGGUCAUGAUCAUGAGCAUGGCGGUGCCCAUGGCCAUCGCCACCAUGACACAGCUGAGCAACAAGAUUGCCCGCAGGCAGAGCACAGUGAACAGGGAUCUCACCUGCAGGGCUAUGGCCAUGGGUCUUAG